AAGAAUGUCGCGUUAUCUUUCGUGUUUUCCCUCAGUUGAUUCCAGCUUUUUGAGUGCGGAUAUACCAAGUCUUUCUUUUAGAGCGAGUUAGUAGUAAUGCAGUACAAUGUAUAUAAUUUUCCAAAUAUGGGCGUUUCAGAUCAUUAGUCAUGAGAUUCGGUGCUCGCAAUCGUGCCCAUGGACUCCGCGGUUUAUUGUAGCAGGCUGUGAGAGAAUGCUUGCUUCCGAACUAAGUAACAAUUAAUAUGUGGAGUUUAGCGUAUGUUGAACCCCAGGAUGUGGAGAUCCCGAAGGCCAACCGAGCAACCAUCGCUCAUCACCCGCAUUGCUCUCCGCCUCCACUCCACUAUCUUCAAGGUUGUUAGGAACUUACUCCACAGACACCCGGCAUUAGGGGGUUAUUGAAUCACAAAGAAGAUCAAGCUUCAUAUCACUCCUUUUGAGUAAUGUCAGGCCAAUCGGCCGCCAAGGCGGCUCUCUCAGCACGCGGCGUUGUCGCAGUCAACAAGAAAUAUACCGUUCAAUCCACUGGAAUAUGGGAGCGCAUUCGAAGAGCACUUGCUGUUGACCCUAACCGCUCAACCGGGGUGCCCCUCAACCCUCUUUUUCGCAAUCCGACACCUGGAGGAAUCGAUCCCAAAGACUACGACAUGGGAAUUAUUGUUCCCGCCCAAGACAUUGCUGAGAAUCCAUAUUGGAAACGUGAUACGCGACGCAGUUAUGCUCAGCCAAGCAUCGUCAAACCAGCGGAUGUUGUUGGGCUCUUAUCAGUCGGCAGCAAAGCUGCUCCCCAAGAAGAUAAACUACAGAUAGGAGAAGCAGGGACAAGACAAUUAACCCAGAUCAAGGAAGAGGGCGAGGGGAAAGGCCUAUCUACCUUCUUCGAAAAUAAUAAGUCCACCAUUUCAAACGUGCUCGGACAAGAUGGCUUGCCACCAUCGCCAGCAAACCUUGCUCGAAAGUCCGAGGGCAAGAAAUACGAAAUCAGUACAGGAGAAGGAUACCCUGAAGAAUAUGAAAUACGAACAUUUGUGUAAACUUGAGAGAUAAUAGCUUUGUGGGUGAUUGCAUUAGAGCAAGAUUUUCUUUGGCUACGCUGCGCUUUCUAAUGAUUUUCCGAAUGUGUCCAAUGUUAGUCUAGUGGGAGUUACUUCAUGUCUAGAAAUGAUCUCUCUUGAGGUUCGUUCAUUGAGACUUUUGCAUGUAGCGGCGUCACGUAAUUGUGUCGCAGUUCCCUCAAUUGAAGUAAUCAGUGGUAGAUGUAUACGUACUUUAUUUAAGAAACCAUUCCAUGGUCUGUGCUGUAAUUUAGUGAAUUAUGGAACGUUCAUCAGGUCUGGUGAAUGAUUCGGUUCAUUAAACGCACAGAUUUCGCGCCCCUCGACUCUUUUCUCUUUCAACCUUCUUUAGACCUUGUCGAGAAAUCGUGGUCCUUGAACUUAAAG